AUCCAAUCCAACUUUAUUUGUUAAGCACUUUAAAACAACCAAAGUUGACCAAAGUGCUGUACAGGAGAAUAAAUAAGACAUCAUAAAUAAAAGACAUAACAGCUCACAUGAGGCGCAAAAUAACAUAUAAUACAACAAUAAAAUGAAAAGACAUAAAUAAAAAUAAUAACCAUGCAAUAACAAGCAAUCAAAAAGUAAAAAUAACAAAUACAAAAAAUAAAUCAAGUAAAUAAAGUCGACAUCUUACUAGGUGUCAAAGGCCACAGAGAAGAGAUGGGUUUUAAGACCGGUUUUAAAAACAGACAGAGAAGAGGCCUGUUUAAUGUGCAGAGGCAGAUCAUUCCAUAAUUUAGGAGCAGACACAGCAAAGGCACGGUCCCCUCUGAGCUUCCGCUUAGUUUUAGGCACACUCAGGAGCAGCUGAUCAUCUGACCUGAGGGGGCGGACGGGUAUAUAGGGGUGUAGAAGCUCAGAGAGGUAGGGCGGGGCAAGACCAUUUAGGGAUUUAAAAGCAAAUAAAAGAAUUUUAAAAUGGAUCCUAAAUUGAAUUGGCAGCCAGUGGAGUGAGGCUAAAAUGGGGGAAAUGUGCUCAUGUUUACAUGUGCCAGUUAAAAGACGUGCAGCAGCAUUCUGUACCAUCUGAAGACGGGCGAUGGAGGACCCACUAACCCCCACAUAUAGUGCAUUACAGUAAUCCAGCCGAGUGGUAACAAAGGCGUGGAUUACCGUCUCAAAGUGCUGCCUUGAUAGAAUUGGCUUUAUUUUGGCCAGCUGCCUCAAAUGGAAAAAGCUUGAUUUGACAACAGCCUUGAUCUGACUGUCAAACUUAAGCUCAGGGUCCACCUUAACCCCUAGGUUUGUGAUGCUAGGUUUAAUAUACUGGGCCAAGGAACCCAGAUCUACAGGGGGGAUCCCUGUGGUGCCACCAAAAACCAUCACUUCUGUCUUUUUAUCAUUGAAAUUUAAAAAGUUCAGAGUCAUCCAGGCCUUUAUGUCGUCAAGGCACUUAAGUAGCAGUCUGACAGAGUAUUCAUUUUUCUUUUUAAGAGGCACAUAAAUCUGACUGUCGUCUGCAUAACAGUGGAAUGAAAAGCCGUGCUUCCUAAGUAUGGAACCAAGUGGGAGCAAAUAGAGAGAGAAAAGGAGAGGGCCAAGAACUGAGCCCUGUGGGACCCCACACGAGAGAGGAGCAGAGGAGGAUACAGAGUCACCUAGGCUGACACAGAAAGUUCGAUCAGCCAAGUAAGACCUGAACCACUCCAGUGCUAUGCCCCUGAUGCCCACCCACUGCUUCAAACGUGAGAUCAGUAUUUCAUGAUCCACUGUGUCAAAUGCAGCAGUUAAAUCUAAAAGCACAAGGAUAACACAGUCACCAGAGUCAGUAGCUAAAAAGAUAUCAUUAAAAACUCUUAAGAGAGCUGAUUCUGUGCUGUGCACGGUUUUAAAACCGGAUUGGAAAACCUCUAGAAUAUUAUGUUCUUCCAGAAAGGCCAUUAAUUGACUGUGAACAAUCUUCUCCAGGAUUUUUGAAAGGAAAGGCAGUUUGGAGAUAGGCCUGAAAUUAGCAAGAACUGCAGGAUCUAGAGCAAGUUUUUUAAACAGAGGUUGUACUACUGCAUGUUUAAAAUUUUCAGGGACCACACCUGAGGUCAGACUGCUAUUUAUGACUGCAAUAACAGAUGGUCCUACAGUGGGGAAAACCUCCUUAAAUAGUCGAGGGGGGACAGCAUCAUUUGGAGAACCUGAGGGCUUCAAAUGACCAACAACCUCCUGUAAAAAGGAAAAAGUCACAGGCUCAAAAUGGUCAAAGACAGCAGAGCAGGGGACAGAGAUUGAGGGGUCAUAAGCUGAAGGUGAGAUUUGAGCCCUAAUUGAAGUGACCUUAUCAAUAAAAAAGUGAAGGAAGUUUUCACACACAGCGGGGGACGCCUCUAUACAGGCAGUCUGUGGGGCAUUCAGAAGUGAGUCAAUAGUGUUAAACAAAACACGAGGCUUGUGACAGUUUGACAGGAUAAUAUCUGAGAAAUGUUUUCUUUUAGCAUCUUUCACAGUUUUUUGAUAAUGACGCCAGCAGUUCCUUAACAUUUGAAAAGACACCUGCAGUUUGUCCUUUUUCCACUUGUGCUCAGCUCUACGGCACUCACGUCUGACAGCAUGAGUCGUAUCAUUUAGCCAGGGCUCAGAUUUAGUUUUAGGCUGCCUGGAUUUUAAUGGAGCCACAGUGUCUAAAACAGUUUGGCAGGUGGAGUGAAACCAUGAGCUAAGCACCUCUGUACUGCACACAGACUCAGGAAAGAUGGAGUUCUGAUUGAAAGCAACGGAGAACUGAACAGCAGUGGAAGGGUUAAUAAUGCGACAGCGCCGAGCAGCAGCGCGAGGUUUAACUGUAUGACAGGCAAGGGCAGCCUCAAAUAAUACAGGCAUAUGGUCGGAAAACACUGCGUCACAUAUCUCUAGGUUAAAAACGGGCAAACCAUAUGAUAAGACAAGAUCAAGUGUGUGUCCAUGUUCUUGUGUGGGUCCAGACACAGAUUGCACAAGAUUAAAAGAAUCAAUGAGGUUUAAAAAACCCUUUGCCAUUGGCUUAUCUGGACAACACACAUGAACAUUAAAAUCCCCAACAAUAAGAACACGGUCAUAUUUAGGCAUGAUUUCAGCCAGGAAAUCAGAGAAGUCAUUUAAAAAGUCCUUAUUGUACCUGGGAGGCCGAUAGACCACAGCACACAACACUGUGUGAGAGCGACCAAGCUCAAAUAAGCUCAGUUCAAAGCUGGUGAAAGAGGAUGACAGCAAUAGCUGCUUACAUUUAUAAUGACUCUUAUAGACGGUAAGGAAUGUGAGUAUUAAUAUGACUGGGGGGGGUGGAUUCAUUUAGGCUAACAUACUCCUCGUGGGACAACCAGGUCUCAGUAAGACAAAGUAAAUCAAUAUCAUAAUCUGAUAUUAAUUCAUUCACUAAAACAGCUUUAGAGGACAGAGACCUGAUAUUUAACAGUCCACAUUUCAUUCUCUUAUUUUGUGCUACUGAGGAGUUGGUUUUAAUUUUUAUUAGAUUUUUAUGUUGAACUCCUCUUGUUUUUAUUUCUUUAAAUAAUUUAGGUGGUCGGGGGACAGACACAGUCUCUAUGGGGUUUUGGGUGGGUGACUGUUCUAAAGAAAGCGCAGAGAAGUGUGUAAGACAGCAGCUCUGCUUCCUGGUCCUAACUCUGGACUGUCAGGUUUUAGAAAUAAACUUCGCCAUGUUGCUAGAUAAGAGAGCCGCUCCAUCCAAAGUGGGAUGGAUGCCGUCUCUCCUAAUCAGACCAGGUUUUCCCCAAAAAGGCUUCCAGUUAUCAAUGAAGCCCACAUUGUUUGCUGGACACCACCUCGACAGCAAGCGGUGGAAUGACGACAUGCGGCUAUACAUGUCAUCACUGGUCACAUUGGGCAGGGGUCCAGAGAAAACUACGGUGUCCGACAUUGUCUUAGCAUAAUUACACACCGACUCCACAUUAAUCUUAGUGACCUCCGAUUGGCGUAAACGGGUGUCAUUACCGCCGACGUGGAUAACAAUCUUACUGUAUUUACGUUUACCUUUAGCCAGCAGUUUUAAAUUUGAUUCAAUGUCGCCCGCUCUGGCCCCAGGGAUACAUUUAACUAUGGCCGCUGGCUUCGCUAACUUCACGUUUCUGACUAUGGAGCUGCCAAUACAGUCACUAGACUUUUAUUUUGUCAAGCAUUGACAUGAAGUCUUCUGUGUGGAUUAAAAUUCUAUGUUUAACCAUGAUGCUUUUAUUUUGAAAAACAAUAGAGGAAGUUGCUCUUGUUUUGACAGCCGUGUCAGGUGUCAGAGAUAAAAAUAAAUGCAGCUGAGUGCAGAGUUGAAUUUAAGGUGGACUGACAUGUUUCUGUUCUGCUUUUAUUUUUUGUCUGUGCUUUUAUUUUGUGUCUUUAACUUCGGCAUGUCUGAAAACAAACUGACUUCUGUGGAUUUUGAGAUUUUUGGGAACGUGCAGGGUGUUUGCUUCAGGAUGUACACGGAGGAUCAGGGCCGCAGUCUGGGACUCAGCGGCUGGGUGAAGAACACCAGAUCAGGAACUGUGAUUGGUCAAAUCCAAGGACCUCCAGAUAAAGUCAAUGACAUGAAACUGUGGCUGAAAAGUGUUGGCAGUCCGAGCUCUCGAAUUGACCGUGCCGUCUUCUCCAAUGAAAGAGACAUUUUAAAACUGGAGAGCCACGGCUUCUCCACCCGCUACUGAGCAUGCUCAGAACCCUCUGAGGUCAUCAAUGUCACACCUGCAAAAAAAGUAGCAUCACAAAAGAUAUUGAUCACAAAUAAAGACUUACCUGUUGCUCACCUG